AUGGAAUACCCCACCAUUGGUACUUACUGCACCCAUAACACAAUCAGUGAAUACCCCACCAAUGGUACUUACUGUAUCCCUAACACAAUCACGGAAUACCCCACCAAUGGUACUUACUGUACCCAUAACGCAAUCGGUGAAUACCCCACUAAUGGUACUUACUGUAUCCCUAACACAAUCACGGAAUACCUCACCAAUGGUACUUACAGUAUCCCUAACACAAUCACUGAAUACCCCACCUAUGGUACUUACUGUAUCCCUAACACAAUCAGUGAAUACCCCACCAAUGGUACUUACAGUAUCCCUAACACAAUCAACUAUGGUACUUACUGUAUCCCUAACACAAUCACGGAAUACCCCACCAAUGGUACUUACUGUACCCAUAACACAAUCGGUGAAUACCCCACCAUUGGUACUUACUGUACCCAUAACACAAUCGGUGAAUACCCCACCAAUGGUACUUACUGUACCCAUAACACAAUCGUGAAUACCCCACUAAUGGUACUUACUGUAUCCCUAACACAAUCACGGAAUACCUCACCAAUGGUACUUACAGUAUCCCUAACACAAUCACUGAAUACCCCACCUAUGGUACUUACUGUAUCCCUAACACAAUCAGUGAAUACCCCACCAAUGGUACUUACUGUAUCCCUAACACAAUCACUGAAUACCCCACCUAUGGUACUUACUGUAUCCCUAACACAAUCAGUGAAUACCCCACCAAUGGUACUUACAGUAUCCCUAACACAAUCACGGAAUACCCCACCAAUGGUACUUACAGUAUCCCUAACACAAUCACUGAAUACCCCACCUAUGGUACUUACUGUAUCCCUAACACAAUCACGGAAUACCCCACCAAUGGUACUUACUGUACCCAUAACACAAUCGGUGAAUACCCCACCAUUGGUACUUACUGUACCCAUAACACAAUUGGUGAAUACCCCACCAAUGGUACUUACUGUAGUGUAG